UAUGGCUUUACAAAAAUUAAUUUUUGUAUUAAUUGCUUCUUUAAUUUUAAUUAAUUUGUCUGCUGAUGCUCAAAAUACUUUUAAUUUAACGAUUUAUGAUUGUAAAUGCGCACAAAAUCUGUGCACAAAACCGUGCCAAUCCGGCAAGCAAGCCUGUGAGAAUUGUAAGACCAUUGAUGUUCCUAAUCAGUGUACUAAGCAGUGUAAAAUUAAUUGA